AAGAAUAAGAAGACGAUGAAAGAUACAAAGGCAUUCCAGUUUAUACGGAGAGACGAGAGCUAGAAUCCAUUCCGAUUAUCAAGUUUCAAUCGAACCUCCAUGUAAAACCCAAUUCUUGAUGCUACAGCGCAAUCUUGUGUUUCUCAUUGAUUUCGUUUGAAUCAGGGGAAUCGAAGUUGGGUUCAGUUUUGUUUGAGGAUAACAAGAGGCUGAUGCAUGUUCAUUUAGUAGAGGAUGAAGUCGUAGUUUAAUUGUUCAAUUGGAAGAAUAGAGUUUUUUGGUUUGAAAUUUGAUGACGAAGAUCUGUGAGCUCGGUGUGGUUCCAUAGCAACAGGCGGUCAUCCACUCAAGGCCGACCCCUGCCCACGAGAUUGAGAAACUUGGUCCGCCUCUGUCCGUCGUUGUCGCCAAGACAAUCAGCCUCACUUCACUGAGCCUGAAUGGCACCGAUGUUGUCGUUCCCAACGACAUUCAAUCCAACUUCGGCGUUCCCGUUCUGAGCGAUCCAAUCUUACAGUUCAGAACUCUGCCAUCUUCCGGCACCACCUCCUGAUCUCUAGCUUCAGGAACGGAAGGUAACAUAGAUAUCUAUGAAACACCUAUUAGUAGGAGUAACAUUUCACACUGGACAUGAUUCUCAUGGUGAUAUUCAUGUGAGUGUUAUGGAACCUGUUAGUGAAGAGAAAAUUAGUGCAUUGAGUGGGGAACCUAGCCACUAUUGUCAGCAUACUAGAGUGGGUGAUGGGUACUCUGGAGAGUUUGGAGAGUUUGACUUUUUGGUGUUAAACCAGUUGUCGGUCGUCUUUUGGGCAUAGAUGAAUUGAGAAUGUAGUCUUCAGAUUAUUGUUGUUGGUGCUGGUGACAUGGCGCACGAGGAAAGGGAAGACGACUUCGAUAAGGGAUCCACUAUGUUUGCUUCUGAAUUGAAACAAGCAUCUGGGGAAAAAGGAUAUGUUUACAAUGGAAAGAGUCUACGUGUGACUGUUGCUUUGGACCUGACUACGUUCAUUCAUUCCAAGGGUCAUGGUUCAUGUCAUUCAUCUUAUUUGAGUUAUCAAUUUCACUCUCACGCAUCUGAUGAGGCUAAUGUUGUAAUUGAGAUUAGCAGGGUGAUUUCUGCUACUGAGCUACUCAUACCGGCAGCUGUUGACAGAUUUGGCUCUCGCGUUGCUGGUUUCAUUUCUGAUGACCCUUGUUGUUCUGAUUCUACUAUUGCGCACCAGGUCACUAUGAAUGAUGCAUUUUACAACCACGACUUAACAGUGGUGUAUCAUGGUGAAUGCUACAAACAGGAGUUUGCUGUGGCAAUACACAAAUUGGAUAGUUUUGAUAAGUCCAGCAGGGCAUUGUCUGAAGUCACUAGGCCUUGUUUUGCCUUCACUGGUAAUGGCUUUUUGAAUGGUCCUAUUGGUGAGGACAAAUUGUUGGCUGGACACGAGUGUGGCAAAGUGAGUUCUCUUUGAACUGAUAGCUUUUUAUACACAGGUGCUUCAAAGCAUCAUUUCAAGCUUGGUGAGCAGCUUGUGUUUCUUAGACAAUUGAAUGGUAAGCAUUUGUUCAUACAAUUACAAUUAUUGGAUGAUACUCUAGCAUUUGGUUGUGAUCCUAGUAAGACUUGGAUUUAAUGAUCUUAUAACUCUUUGUAUCACUUAUUUAAGUUUCUGUUUAUUGGCUUGUUUGUUUAGGUUCUCAUUUUGACAAAGACAAAUCAAUAGAGUUCUUGCAGCUUGGUACAUGUUCAAGGUUUAUAGAACACAACAAAUGAGAAAAUUAGUAUAGUUAGUAGUUACACGGUUGGUUUUUUAUUUCCUUUUUGUAGUUGAUUCCCCUCAAUUCGGAUCUUAAUAUGCAUACAUCAUUGCAAUUGCCUACCCAAGUACUCAAGGAAAUCCUGGUGAGGCUGACCCAAAUAACACAACAGUAAGUAAUUUUUGGGAGCAUUGUCGGUGAUGAAUGGCGAGCAGUGGGAUCAUGAGUGUAGUUAUAUGUACAUUAGAAUCAAAUUGUAUUGUUAUUGUACACAUGUAUUUUUACACUUCAAAUAAUUUUGUAAUUGAAGUGGAUUCUUAAUAUUAAAUAAAGUGGUAUUUUGUUCAUU